AUGCAGACCGCAACAUGGUCCCAAAAUGGCGGUGAUGUGGGUAGCUUGGACGGAAGUUCAAACGGUUCGAAGGUGUACUCGUUUGUUCCUCUCUCUGGUGUCAACUCUAAGAAGCGCCCUCGUCGUCGCUUUGACGAGAUUGAACGUCUCUAUGUCUGCAGUUGGGGCGACUGCGAGAAGGCCUAUGGUACACUGAAUCACCUCAACGCUCACGUCAACAUGCAGAAGCAUGGCCCUAAGCGAUUGCCAGCAGAAUUCAAAGAGUUGAGAAAGGCAUGGCGAAAGCACAAGCGUGCUGAGGAGGAAGCAGCGAAACAAGCGGCUGCCGCAUUUCACCAACAGCAGGCUCAGAGUCAACAGGCGCAACUUCAGCAGCCCAUCUGUGAUCCAGUUAUGAAUCAUAUGCACCCAGCGCAUCACCCAUUGACGAUGCAUACGAUGACCCACCAUCAACCGCACCAGCUGCCACAGCCUCAUGCCCACCCGAACCAGCACCAACAUUCGCACCAUUCCCAACACCGCCAUCCGAUGGGUUUCUAA